AUGUCGGCGCCGCAGCCGCUGCAGAUCCGCGAGGCGAACGCGCACCUGGCGGCUGUGCACCGGCGCGCCGCGGAGCUGGAGGCGCGGCUGGACGCGGCGGAGCGCACAGUGCGCGCCCAGGCCGAGCGCCUGGCCCGCCACGACCAACAGCUGCGCGCUGCCCUGGACGAGCUGGGCCGCGCCAAGGACUGUGAGAUUGCCGCUCUCCAGGAGCAGCUGCUGACCUCCGAGGCCACUGUCCACAGCCUGCAGGCUGCUGUGCGCCAGAGGGAUGAGCUCAUUGGGCAGUUGCAGCCCCGGGCGGAGCUGCUGCAGGACAUCUGCCGUCGCCGGCCGCCCCUGGCUGGGCUGCUGGCUGCCCUGGCGGAGGCUGAACGCCUGGGGCCCCUGCCGACCAGAGACCCCGGCCACCCCCUCCCUGGUGGGCCCAGUCCUCGCCUUGCCAACAGUACUGGGGAAGAGCAAGACAGGGACCACCACCUCCAGCCAGCAGUGUUUGGGACCACUGUGUGAGCCCUGGAGCAGAUCACAGAAUGGAGACAGAGUCCACUGCUGUGGGUCCACUGGGUCCUCGGGGGUCACCAGUGUCCCUGAGGGGACCCCGUGGCAGAGCCAUAAUCCUUUCCAAGCAUCAAAACCUGCUAAAAAGUCAUGGGUUUCAAACAGGCAGCGCAAGGGCCAAAGGCAGAUGUUCAGCCCAGUUUUUUUUUUUUUUUUUUUUUUUUAUUUUUAAGUAAUCUCUACACCCAAAGUAGGGCUUGAAUUUACAACCCUGAGAUCAAGAGUCGUAUGUUCUACCAACUGAGCUGGCCAGGCACCCUUGUUUUUCUUUUUUUUAAACAAAACUUUAAAUCAAUCAACUUGUUGAAAAAUUGGCGACGUUUUGCAACAAUCUGGAUUUCCGGCUUCAGUCUUGGCCACGCCUGUUUGGAUCUGAGCUCAGGAUACCCUCUUUAGCCAAAGUGUGAGGUCCAGUUGGCUUCCCCCUUUUUCUUAGGGCUGGACGUCUGGCCCCCGAAGCAUCUGAGUUUGAGACCUCUGUCACUUGUGGAGGCAGACGGCAUCAAGUUCUUUGUCCCCUUUCCCGUCCGCCCUGAUUUUCGUUCCUUUGGAAGCGUCCCUCAUCCCAGGCUAAAGCUUUUUCUUAUUCUUCAUCCCAGACCGGAAUUGGGAACCUCAAGCCUUGUGUCGUUUUGCCUUGGUUAUAUGAAGACAAUUUUUAAAUGCUAGGAUCUUUCCCGCCUGUCCUUCCCUCAACUUUCAACGCAGGAGGAAGGGCGUGUGUCUGUGUGAGCCACAUGGACGUGCUGGCAUCCCUCGGCCUAGUACCUUUGCACGUCCCCCCCAUAAUGCUCUUCCCCCAGGUGUCACGUGAUCUCUGCUCAGCCGUCACCUCCCAGGGGCCUUCCCGGCCUACCUUCUGUGAACUCUUCCCCUCCCGUUCUGUUUUCUUCAAGGAAUGUCCUGUCAUCAGAAUGUAAGCUCCUUGAGGGCAGGGCUUUUGUUCUUUCUCACCAGCGCCAGGUGCGCUCUGGGGCCUCCGAAGGAACAAGAUGGGUUUGUAGGCCCUGGAGGGAGCCAGGGGCCCCCAGCACAUCCGAUGAAGCCCCAGCCAGUUCAGCUUUUGUAGCAAGCAGCUCGCUCCUUUUUUAUAUUGUCCAGAGAAUCUAUUUUUAAACUCUUUUUUUUUUUCUUUUUUUCUUUUUUUUUCUUUUUAUGCUGCCAUUCUUGGCCAGAGACAUUCAGGGUGCUGUGUUUUUAUUUUUGUUUAGUUUUUUUUUUUUUUUUAAAUCAAACCAGGGAACCCUGUGCCUUUCUCUGGCCAGCCGAAGUGCCCAGCCUGGUACCAUGCUAGCCGUUUUCUCGCCUUACUCAGGGAACUGUCACACCAGGAACCACCAAGGGGCAGGGCCUAUUUUGGCCUGGAAAGUUCGGCGUCCGUCCCCAGCCCUUCGGAUGGUGCUGCCUGCUUGCCUGGCAUCUAACAGUGGCCCCUCAGUGCAGUCACAAUGGCCCCAUUUUCUCUGGAUGAGUAAGGGGGGCUGCUUGUCUGAGGGGAAGGCAGGCUGAGGCCUGUCCAAGCUUAAGAAUAAAUUGAAUGGUUUCUUGGC